AUGUCAACAAGUAAUGGUUUCAAUGGUAGUGGUGCUGAAAUUUCUUUGUGGGAUAUUAGACAACGAAAACUGAUCUCAGAACUGUAUGGUCAUAGAGCUACAGUGAAUAGUGGACGAUUUACGGAUCCAACAGCAUCUAUGAUAAUUUCUUGUAGUAAUGAUGGCCGAGCAAUUCUUUGGAAUGUUCAACAGAACUCAAUUUUUACUGAUCUUGAAGUUGAUAAUGGAACACCGCUUACAUCGAUUGUUUCAAUAAAUGGACUAAAUUUUGCAACUGGUGGACUUAAUGGUAAAGUCAGUUUUAUUCAAUUACUCAAUCGUCAGUUACAAUUGACGGAUCAAAUAUGA